CGACACCGCCGUCCCGGAGCGUCUUCCCCACAGCAGCGCCCGCAGCCGGACCACGCGUUCCCGCACACUUGCACCUUUCCCUCGAGACGGCGGACGCCGGACGACUGGGGUGGCAACAACUUGCCAUUUCUUUUUUUUUUUAAUUAAAAUUAUUUCUCCUGCCUAUUGUUGGUUUUGGUUUUUGUUUUACGAUUUUUGUUAGCCGAGAAAAACCCACCGAAGGCGUUUGCGUGACGUUCCCGGAUACAGGAGCGGAGACCACCGAGGCAGCCGCGCGGGCCGGUGCACAGCCAAGGACAAAAGGAGCCCAGUGUUCCUCGCUGCACCCUCUAUUCCUCCCGGUGCCAGCAUGAAGAAAGCCGAAAUGGGAAGGUUCAGUAUUUCCCCGGAUGAGGACAGCAGCAGCUACAGUUCCAACAGCGACUUCAACUACUCCUACCCCACCAAGCAAGCAGCUCUGAAAAGCCAUUAUGCAGAUGUGGAUCCUGAAAACCAGAACUUUUUACUUGAAUCAAAUUUGGGGAAGAAGAAGUAUGAAACAGACUUUCAUCCAGGUACUACUUCCUUUGGAAUGUCAGUAUUUAAUCUGAGCAAUGCGAUUGUGGGCAGUGGAAUCCUUGGGCUUUCUUAUGCCAUGGCUAAUACUGGAAUUGCUCUUUUUAUAAUUCUCUUGACAUUUGUGUCAAUAUUUUCCCUGUAUUCUGUUCAUCUCCUUCUGAAAACUGCCAAUGAAGGAGGGUCUUUAUUAUAUGAACAGUUGGGACAUAAAGCAUUUGGAUUAGUUGGAAAGCUUGCAGCCUCUGGAUCAAUUACAAUGCAGAACAUUGGAGCUAUGUCAAGCUACCUCUUCAUAGUGAAAUAUGAGUUACCUUUGGUGAUCCAGUCAUUAAUGAACAUUGAAGAUACAACUGGAUUGUGGUAUCUGAACGGUGACUAUUUGGUUUUGCUUGUGUCGCUGGUGCUCAUUCUUCCUUUGUCACUGCUGAGAAAUUUAGGAUAUUUGGGAUAUACCAGUGGCCUUUCCUUAUUGUGUAUGAUGUUCUUCCUGAUCGUGGUGAUUUGCAAGAAAUUUCAGAUUCCUUGCCCUGUGGAAGUUGGUUUGAUAAUUAAUGAGACGCUAAACAGCACCUUAACACGGCCAACGGCUUUUGCACCUGAGAUGGUAUUUAAUAUGACUGACGAUGAUUCUUGCAGACCACAUUAUUUCAUCUUCAACUCACAGACUGUCUACGCUGUGCCAAUUUUGACCUUUUCAUUUGUCUGUCAUCCUGCUAUCCUUCCCAUUUACGAAGAACUCAAAGGUCGCAGCCGUAGAAGAAUGAUGAAUGUGUCCAAGAUUUCAUUUUUCGCCAUGUUUCUCAUGUACCUGCUUGCUGCCCUUUUUGGAUACCUGACAUUUUACGAACACGUUGAGUCAGAGUUGCUUCAUACCUACUCUACCAUCAUGGGAAGUGAUAUUCUUCUUCUCGUUGUUCGUUUGGCCGUGCUGGUGGCUGUCACCCUGACGGUACCAGUAGUCAUCUUCCCGAUCCGGAGUUCUGUAACUCACCUGUUGUGUGCGGCAAAAGAUUUCAGUUGGUGGCGUCAUAGUCUCAUUACGGUGUCUAUCUUGGCAUUUACCAAUUUGCUUGUCAUCUUCGUCCCAACAAUUAGAGAUAUCUUUGGUUUCAUUGGGGCGUCUGCAGCUGCUAUGUUGAUUUUUAUUCUGCCAUCUGCCUUCUAUAUCAAGUUAGUGAAGAAAGAACCUAUGAAAUCUGUACAAAAGAUUGGGGCUCUGUUCUUCCUGAUCAGUGGCAUAGUGGUGAUGACCGGAAGCAUGGCCUUGAUUGUUUUGGAUUGGGUACACAAUGCCCAUGGAGAUGGCCAUUAACUGGCGCCGCUAAAACUCCACUAGUCCACUUGAUGCCAGUGUUGAGUCAACUCUCAACUUCCUAUGAAAUUUCACCUGACGUUUUCAGUUUCACUUCCUUUUGAAGUGCAGAUUCCUCGCUGGUUCUUCUGAGUGCAGAAUAAGUGAACGUUUUUUUUUUCUUUUUAAAGAGACUAUUCUGUAUGAUAGAAAUGGAUAUUAACAACCAAACCACGAGUCUCGGGUUAAUGGAAGUGACAAUUUUAUUCCAUUC